AUGGCCUUCAUGCGUCCCCGACUCCAGCGGACGGUGGGCCGGUAUGCUGCUCUGCUGGACCAAAGUCUGCGCGCAGCACGACCCUUGACGGCCCGAGCAGAGGCUGUCACAGUGGUCAAGAGCAUUUUGAUCGAGCUCGCUAUCGAUAAUGUUGACGAAACACUCGAUCUCGGCACCCGUUACGACUAUCAAGUCACCGUUAUGCUGGUCGAUACCAGCGUGCUGCAAGUCCAGAUCAAUGCCAUCACCGUCUACGGAGCUCAGUACGGCCUUGAGACGUUGACACAGCUCCUUUAUAAUGGCCAACUCAAACACGGUCACGUGAGCAUCCAAGAUUCACCUCAGUAUAGCUGGCGCUCCCUCAUGCUCGACACGGGCCGGCGAUUCUUUCCCGUGUCGACGCUGGAGGGUCUCUUGGAUACCAUGGCUGCCAACAAGCUCAAUGUCCUCCACCUCCAUGCCAGCGACUACUGCCGGUACGCCGUGGCACUUGUCAAACCUUUGGCUGAUGCCAGCCGCAGGAAGCCCAAGCCUCAGCUACCCCCUCACCCCGCUCUUGUUGCUGGUCGUGGUGCCUGUGAGUUUGACGUGCCGGGCCAUAGCCAUGGUUUUCGAGCUCUGGCCGGCGAGCUGGACUUUUGCAGUGCUGACCAGCUGCAGCUCUUCAAUGAUCCCGGCCAACGGACCCUUGCCAUUGUGCAGGAUGUCCUGCAGGAAAUGGCAGCGCUUUUUGAUGACCCUGUCUUUAAUGUGGGCUGUGACGAGACGAGCGUCAAGGGCCCUUGCUCCCUCAACUCCACGUUCAACUUUGAGCGACAGCUGCUGCAAACAAUUGCCACCAAUUAUUCCAAGACGCCCAUGGGUUGGGAAGAGGUGUAUUUUGAUGCUGGGGCUGCCACCAUGGAUACAAUCGUGACCGCAUGGUCGCGACACACCCCGGCCGAGAUCACCGCCACGGGUCGCCAAGCAGUGGAGGCGCAGGGCUCGCAUUUUUAUUUUACCGAACCGGCCCAACCCUAUCCUGCUGGGUGGACGAGCUGUUGGUAUGACAUUGCCACGGGCGUGCCGGCCAAUGAAACACACCUUUUGCUUGGUGGAUCCAUGUCCAUGUGGACCGACAACUACUGCUACAUUGAUCAAUGCCACGACAGUUCCAGGAUUCCGCCGGGCAGCACGCUAUUUGCCCCCGAGUUUGACGCCGAGUUUACGCAGGUCUGUCGGGAACUGAUGGUUGCUCGGCGCCUCGUAAUCGAGUCGCCCUGA